AUGUCCCUCGACCAAGCAGUUGUAUCACAGCCUCACCUGUCUGUAGAGACCAUAGCGCCUUGCUAUUUCCAUUUCAACUUUAUUGUCACGCCACACCAGCGCAUUAUCCGCGGCUUCAACGAGUAUCUGGCCCUCAUUGCCGCAAACCGAUCGCAACUCCCGCAAUUCGACCAUGUCUUCAACGCUUGUGCCAUGGCGUCACUUAGCCAACAAGCGGCAGAUGGUCGUCACCUCAGGGCGAAAGCUCUAGAGAGCUACACGAGCGCUUUGGCAGCGACUUCGGCUGCGUUAUGGGACCCGACACAGACUCUGCAGGACGAGACCUUGGCUUCUGUGCUUUUAUUAGCUCUCUUUGAGAAUAUCACGGCUGCAAGCUCUAGUUUGGUGGCAUGGUAUUCGCACAUAGAAGCUGCUGUGCGGAUCGUCAAGGCGAGGGGAAGCAAACAACUUCGCACCAAGGUUGGAUCAGACAUGUUUGUUGCCGUUCGAACAUUUAUGUUUUGCGUCCGUACCGCAGAGCUUAAUGCACACGUUAGUGAGCUUCUGGCAAGCAUUUCGCGGACACCGAAAGACAUGGACAGGGUGAAGGACGUUAUUCAGCAGUGCCACAGCCUUGACCAACAUUUUGUGCGCUGGACCGACGCCGUUCCGGAGGAGUUUCGAUGGGAGACUGUUGACUGGCAAGUCUACGUGCCACACGACGACUACACCAAUGCCGAUGUUUUCCCCGGACGCGUCGACGUGUAUGCCGACUCUUGGAUAGCGAUUGUGUGGACCAUGGCCCGAUGGUCAAGAAUUGUUCUUUUGUCGGUCCUUGUUCGGGCUACCGCAUGGCUCCAUUUGCCCAAGGACUAUCGCUCCACACAGGAGUACGCUACUGCUGCGAGACUUUGUACUGAGACUAUUACAGACGUAAUUGCCUCGGUCCCAUACCAAUUGGGUUACGUCUCCAAUCCUCACAAGUCGUCGACCAAGACGAGACAGAGUGGCGGAAAGCGUGGUGACAGCACUGUGCAGAGAAGCAUGACUGCCGUGUUUCUGGCCUGGGCCCUUAAUGGCCUGCAGAGUCAAGAUCAUGUAACUGAAGCUCAACGGGUAUGGAUUAAAGGUCGUCUCAACGUAAUUGGUACUCAUCUUGGUAUCGGCUAUGGGACAUUAUUAGCCAAGUUGAAUAUCCGGGUACCUUCCAUGCUAAUCCGUCGAGACCGUCUACUAUCAAAAUUGCAUAGCUUGAGCUCUGUCAACACUACCACUGAAGACGAGCCAACAAUACAGCCCGCCGAUGGCAGUUCUCCAAGUACAAACGCAGAUCAAAGCGCUACGCAAAAACAGUUCCUCGAACGCCGAGUCACAGAGCUGCUAGCCAGCGCGAUGGGAAAGAAACCGGAAGUUGACGAAUGGACUGUGAGAACACUUUUGCAGCUGCCCAAGGAUGUUGGAGGCACCUGA